CAGCUGGAGGAGACUGCGCCCAGGCCUUUUGCAAACUUAAAGUCAGUGUUGCGUGUUUUUAAAGUUCCGGUUUCAAAGCAACAGUCUUGUAAACUCUAAAUUAAAAGUCAAGACAAAAAUAGAAAAUACCAACUAAAGUAAAUGCAAAAUAAAUUCUUUAGAUUCUACAAAGAUACAUUUCACAAAUUGCAGCGUCCUAUUAGCAAGCGAGGGGCUUUUUAAAAAGUAAUUUUUUCCUUUUAAGGACUUGAAACAACAACCAAAAAAAAAAAAGCGAGAUGAAAUCUGCAGGCUCCAGUCUGCCUAGUUACACCCCGACAAAAGCGGCAGAUUUGAGGCUUUGUCAUCCCCCGCAGCCCUCCCCACGUGGCCUUCUGGCACGAGUCGCGGGCCGCCGCCUCAUUUGCAUCAGAAAGCCGGCGCUGGCCAAUGGGCUCGCAGCUUUGCGCCAGCUGGCGGCGCCUGGGCCACAGCCUAUAUAAGGGCGCGUGGCGGCGCCGGGGCGCACUCGCUGGUGGUGGGCGCGCCGGGAUUUGCUGCAUACUUUCUCCUUCUCUCUGGGUCUGCUCCGCCUGCCCUUCUUGUGGAUAACUUGCUCUUCGCCGACCGCACCAUGACUCUGGAAGAAGUCCGCUGCCAGGACACGGUUCCUGAGAGCACAGCCAGGAUGCAGGGAGCUGGAAAAGCGCUGCACGAGCUGUUGCUGUCGGCGCAGCGCCAGGGCUGCCUCACUGCUGGCGUCUACGAGUCCGCCAAAGUCCUGAACGUUGACCCAGACAACGUGACCUUUUGCGUGCUGGCCGCCGAUGAGGAGGACGAGGGCGACAUCGCGCUGCAGAUCCACUUCACGCUGAUUCAGGCGUUCUGCUGCGAGAAUGACAUCGACAUCGUGCGUGUGGGCGACGUGCAGCGGCUGGCGGCCAUCGUGGGCGCCGGUGACGAGGCGGGUGCGCCGGGAGACCUGCACUGCAUCCUCAUUUCGAACCCCAAUGAGGACUCGUGGAAGGACCCCGCCUUGGAGAAGCUCAGCCUGUUUUGCGAGGAGAGCCGCAGUGUCAACGACUGGGUGCCCAGUAUCACCCUCCCCGAGUGACAGCCUCGUGGGGAUCCUUGGUCUGAUCGACGUGGAGACGCCCCGGGGCGCCUAGCGCGGGGCUGGCUCUGUGGAUGCGCCCUCGGAGGGCGCCAGAGUUUGGCGUGGAGACUGGCAGGCGCGGGGCGCGUGGAGAGCAGCGAGGAGGCGCGGGUCCCUCCGAGGAGGAGGCCUGGCGGCGGCAGGGGCAGACUGGCCCCAAGUCGAGGACUCUACAAGUGUGGUGAGCGGCUGCUCGCCCAGGAAGACCGGAGGCAGGACGUUGGCCGCAGGGCCGGGAAGGACAGACAGGCUGGGCAGGCGUGACUCAGCAGCCUGCGCUGUGGGCAGGAAGCAGAGGAAAGGCGAGGCCAGGCGGCCUGGACUUGUACAAUUACUGGAGCUCUGAUGGACCUAGCAGUCUGCAUUGCUGUUUCAAAACGGAUCCGGGCGAUGCUUCAUUUUCUAAAGGAUUAUACUCCUGCAGCUUUGAAUUUUACAAUAAACUUACUGAAACAAA